CAAAAGAAACAUCCGCUGAAUGACACAGGCAAACAUCAAAACGGAUCCGAAUACUGAUAAAUUAUUUCUGUAUCUGCUGGCUGACAUUAGUGUGUCUGCAGCAGCCACGUGGUGUCACCCAGACAGCAGUGCAUCCAGUCGCAGAUGCUGAUGCUGCUGAUGCUGCUGCCAUGGAAGUAAACAAGGACGAAGCGGAGCGCUGCAUUGACAUCGCGACCGCGGCUUUAAACAGCCACCAGCCGGAAAAGGCGUUAAGGUUCUUGGAGAAGGCGCAGAGACUCUUCCCGACAGAGAAAGCCAAAGCACUCCUAGAUUUAAUAUCCAGGAAUGGAUUCAGUCCAGGACGAGGUGGCCACUCGGACUUCAGUGGGGUCUCGGGGUCUCGACAACGACAGAACACCAAGGAAGAUCCCAAACCCGAAGAGAAGCUUCCAGACAACUCCAAACCCUACACUGCAGAUCAGCUGGCUGCAGUUAGAAGGAUAAAACAGUGUAAAGACUUCUACGAGAUUCUCGGGGUCCAGAAAGACUCCUCGGAGGACGAGCUGAAGAAGUCGUACAGAAAACUCGCUCUGAGAUUUCAUCCCGACAAGAAUCACGCUCCGGGCGCGACCGAAGCGUUUAAAGCUAUUGGAAACGCUUACGCUGUUCUGAGUAACGCCAAGAAGAGACGACAGUACGAUCAGUGUGGAGAAGAGGGGAGACAUCCGUCAAACAGGGGCCAGGACAAUGGAAGCUUUGAGCCGGACAUUUCACCUGAGGACCUCUUCAACAUGUUCUUUGGAGGAGGUUAUCCUUCCAGUAAUGGUCCUAUAUACACUAAUGGACGAAUGCGGAACCAGAGGGAGCGAAGAGAGCGACCAAGAGAUGGAGGUCUGGCUCUCUUCGUGCAGGUCAUGCCGAUCCUUAUCCUGGUUAUAGUGUCUGCUCUCAGUCAGAUUAUGGUCAACAGCCCCUCCUACAGCCUCAGCUUCAGGCCGUCAGCAGGUUACUCCCAGAAGAGGCUGACCGAGAACCUGAAGGUGCCAUAUUACGUGGGGGAGCAUUUCUCCAAAGAGUUCACCGGAGUGAAUCUGAAGAACCUGGAGCGAUCGGUGGAGGAUGACUACAUUUCAAACCUUCGCAAUAACUGCUGGAAGGAGAAGCAACAAAAGGAAGGCAUGCUGUAUAGAGCUCGCUAUUUCGGAGACACCGAGCUGUACCAAAGAGCGCAGAGGGCUCGAACCCCGAGCUGCGUCAAGCUGUCCGACAUCACCGCCUCGUUACAUUAAAAGUUUCCAGAACCCUCACAAGACACAACUGGCUGUAAAUACUGAAGCUUCAAGAGAUCAGGGGCUAAAGACGGCUGAACCUUCACCGCAGGCUGAAACCAGAUCUGUGGAGUUUUACAUUAUGAAAUUAACUGAAACAUUUCUAUAUAUUGUGAUUAACUUUAAAAGAAAAAGCCAUUUAUCACAUUUAUACAGCCAAACAAGAUGUCGGUUUGGCGUUUGGCGAAUGCUUUGGUUUUGACCGGAAGCCGUAAAGCUGACAAAGAUCACUUCACCUUUGAGAAAGCCAUGUGAAACCAGAAACUCCUUUAGUUCUAAAUAGUGAUGCAGAUGCUACUAACGCAGCAGCUCAAAAGAAAAAACCUACCACACUGAAUGCUUCCUUUUUAUUUUGAUGCAGUUGGAUAAGCGAAGAAGACGUCUUCGCUGUCUAAAGCGCACUUUUUUAAACUAUGCAGGAACCUUUUUUUUAAACAUCCUGGACACUUGAGCACCUGAGAUUUGUCUUUCCUUGUCGUGUAUGUGUGAAAUAGAAAAUGUUGGGAUUUCUUUUCUUUCAUUCUAGGAAGGGCAGAUUUUUAGUGUUUCUUCACUUCUCAGUAGUUACCAAAAAGGUGAGACGUGUGCCUACGAACCGAGAAACUACAGCAGAUUGUGCGACCACGUCAUCGAUGUUGGGAUGUUGUGUAGAACGGAAAUAAAAAAAACAGGAUGAUUUGUGAAGCUGGACCAUCCAUCAAGUUAUUAGUGUACAAGCCAAGCCUCUCUGAUAGUAUGUGGGUGCAUUAUUGAUAUGAGCAGCACAUUUGAAAAGCAUCAAUAUACAGGUUUUAGAUUAUACUUCCAUCCAGAAUAUGUCUUUUUUUUUAAAGCAAAGCCUUGCAUAUUUCAUAAUAUAGUUUGGAAWAUUUAAAAAACAAGAACUUUUUCAGUCCCUAAACAUUUGCAGACUGCUGAAGACGUAAACAUGAUCAACUUUCAGAGAGUAAUGCUCACAUCCAUUUCAAAAUUACCUUAUUUUUCCUGAACAUUUGAUUUUUAAUGUUUCGUUGUGUAAAAUACGAGUUUAUGAGAUUCACAAAUCAGUUUUUAUUGAUGUUUUAUUCAACGUCCCAACUUUUUAAGAACUGAGGUUGUAGCUCUGCACCUAUGACGUCUCAGAUCUCAUCUUAGAUCAUGGCACGUCAUUUGUUCUUUGUAUUUAUUUAACAAAUAGUUGAACAGAUYGAGAUGAAAAAAAAAAACWGAGAUCUUGCUCCCAUUUUCCACCUUGUUUUUAACUCCCAGAGGAAAAAUAAAUCUGUAUGCCCUAA